AGGGUGCCCGGCUCAAGUCUGAAAAGGACUCCGUUUCGACCGGGGAGUGGCAAUGGCCGGGAUGAAUCUCACCGGGUUUCCCGGCAUGUUCGACUUCGUGGAUGCCGAGCCCAAGCGGGUGGAGAACGCCAGCUCGAAGCCUUGCCUGGAUUCCUACAAGCAGAUGGCGCGGGAGGCCAUGCUGAGAGACGGGGUGCACUCGGGCUUUCUGGAGGAUGCCCACUGGGUGCAACUCUGGCGGAAGCACUUUGAGGGUAGCGCCCUCCUGGACCCCGCCGUGCCGUUUCGGGAACCGAUGCAAGAGACGUUCAAGGGCAGCAACCUGCGGGUGCUGCAGUGGAAUUUGCUGGCGGAGGGGCUGGUGCCUGAAGGCUUCAUGAUGCCCUUGGUGUCCCAGGCCCACGUGGAGACCUCAGAGAAGUUCCUGGAAAGUUUGCUCAAGACGGGCGGCCGAGAGGACCUUCGCACCGCCGCCAAGCUGAGCUCCCAGGGCUAUCGGAGCUUCGUGUGGAGCCGCAACGAGGAGGGGGCCGUCACCUGGGAGGAGUUCGCCCGGAUGGCCUGCAACAUGGUGUUGGCAAUGAAAGGCCUGCCUCCUGAGCAGAAGGAAGAGCGCGGCCUGUCACUGAAGCACAAGUACAACCCGGACCUGGAGACGAAAGACAGCGGCCAGCUCACGGUGAACGAGAAAGCGGUGGUGGGUGCGGAACAUCGCCUGCUGCGGGUGGUGUGGUUCGUCGCCUUGACCCAGCCGGACGUGAUUUGCUUCCAGGAGCUGGACAACUUUGCAUUCGUCUCGGAGGAGCUUGCGAAGCUGGGCUACGCCUGCAGCACGGCCCAGGCGGCGCCCUACGUCCCGCUGAAGGGGCGGCAGGGCGAGAGCUACCGGGAGAAGCUGGACUCCGACUGGAGCUUCGCACCCAAGUGGGGCAUCAAGAAAGGCAAGUCCACCGCCCGGUUCUUCCUUGAGAAGAGGGGCCAAAAAGCGCAAUUCAACGGCAAGAGCUGGGAGAUUGACGACGACGGCCAGGCGAUCUUUUGGCGAGCUGACCGCUUCGAGCUUGUGGGGAAGCCUGAAUUUGCAGUUCUUCCGGGCGACAAGGACAUCAACGACUUCGUUGAUGGAAACACCGAUGACUUAGGAUGCACGCAGAGCGACCAGGCCGCAGUGCGGGUGUUGCUCCAAUUCAAAGACCUGGAUGAGCGGCUGAGACGGCAGCAGUUCUACGUUUGCACCACACACCUGUCCAGCGGCGGGGACGCAGAGGUGCACCGCAUCCAGCAGCUGUCGCACCUGAGCCGCUGGGCUCGCAGUGGCUUGCCCGAGAUCUGGUCAAUGGAUGCCAACACGGAGAUCGACUUCGACGACGGGGACAUGAGCCAGGGAAGCCGGGUGCCGGUGCCGGAGGAUGCCAACGCCCUGCAGAGCUUCAUGCACAACAACGACCUUCGCAGCGUGUGGGAGACCUAUUAUAUGAGCACACGGGAUAUUUGGCAUCCACCUGUCUCAGUCUGGAAGAUGCGUGGCAGCGCCUCCGCACAGCCCAAGAAGGUGGGUGAGGACAUGUACCAGCUGAUUGACCACAUCUUCUACGAGGGCCGGCACCUCUUCCGCCAGGGCGAGCAAGCGCUGAGGCUGCGGGAGAAGAAGACAGACGACCCCGCAGACCGGGACUGGCUGGCCUUGAUGCCAAACGAGCUGCUGCCGUCGGACCAUCUGCCCAUCCUGUGGGACUUCCAUCUCAACGUCCAGAGCCCUCGCUGGGAGCCCACGGUGCUGGUGAGCGCCGCCGAGAGGCUCUUCUUUCAGCUGAAGAAGCUCCUGCCCGCGCCGGAGGAUGAUACCUUGGCGUACAUUGAGGGCCUCUUCAAGCCUUUGCACCAUGGAGGACUGCAAUCCAAGAGUGACGCCCAGCUGGAUGCGGCCUUGGACGUGUUCCAGGUGCUCCAGAAGAUCUCCGAUGAGGCGGUGGCGGUGCUGAGCUACGAGGUCACGGAGUACCACUCCAAGAUCGAGGCCUUCCGAGAGAGAGUGAUCAAAGCAACAGGCCGACACCAGUCAGUGUCGACCUAUGAGAGCUCCUUGGUGCAGGCGCUCAUCUUCUCCGCCGCAGCGCUGGUGGCCACCGGCCAGGCGGGUGCACAGCUCUUCGGGGACUUGCGGGACAAGAUCACUUUGGCGGCGAUGCGCUGCGUGCUGCGAGCCCUGACGGCGGCGCCCAAGGACCGCGCCGUGACAGCCAUGAGCGAGGGCCAGCUGUGGGCGCUGCUGGCGCAGCUCACAUCCAUGCUCACCAGCAGCUGCCCGCACAUUGUAAAGGCCUUCGACAACAACGGCAGUGUGGCUCCUCUAGAAAUGGAUGCCCUGCUCGCGGAGAUCAGCGACCAGCUGACUUCUAAGAAGACCUGGAACGCCCCGGCCCUGUGCGUGCUGCGGUGCAUCAACUGGCGCCAGUGUGCCACCGGCACCCACGUGGCGGCGGCCGUGAAGUUGCUCAUGCAGGCCAUCGAGAGCGGGAAGAUCCCCUUCCUGGAGCAGCUGCUGGUGAACUACUCCGAGCUCAAUCAGGAGGCGCAUUCCAUGGUGCACACCAACUCGGUGGUCACCUCAGUUCCCUCGGGCAGCGCCUUGAACGCCACGAAGCUGCUGCGGGGCUCCACCGCCAACCACCUGCCCCCGGACCUCAUGCCCCUGGUGCACAAGCAGACCUUCGACCAGUCCGCUGCCAUCGCGGCGCUGGCGGCCCUGGCCAACUCCGGGAACUUGGACUCGGGGGGUGGGCUGGCUUUACUUCUGGAGUCCUUGCAGCGGCAGAUCGCCCUGGUGCAGCAAGGCGACCAGAUCCCGGAGCGGCAGGCGCGCGCGCUGCACCGGCCACCUGCCUGGGUGGUGGCCUCCUACGUGCGCCGGGCGGUGGUGUGCGCCCUGGAGCACAUGGAGCCCGUUGAGGCAUUGGUGGUCUCGGCGCAGAAGCUCCACGUCUCGGAGGCGGCGAAGAAGCGCGCCAAGGUGAACCCCGUGGAAGAGCUGAUCCAGGCGCUCAUCGACUUCCCCCAGGACGGGCCCCAGUCGCAAGUCCACACCUUCGGCCGCAUCUUGCGGCUGCUGGUCAAAGUCGGGGAGCGCUGCGGGGCUGCACUGCUGCUGUCGCCCAUGGUGGCCAGGAACGGCACCGAGAGAAUUCUCGACGUGCUGAGGUGCUUAGCGCUCCUGCCGCAAGACGACCUCCAGCGGUGGAAGACGCAUCUGCACAUCAACCGCUUUUUGGAUCUGCUGCUGCACACAAAACCCAACGACCCCCUGGGCGCCGCGCUUCAGAAGAAAAUCGAUGAGGCCACCAAGGAGGACGAGUUCUGUCAACUUCUGCUGUUGCGGCCCUUCAUUGAGGUCUCCAACCAGAAGUCCUAUGACCUCAGCCGGAUCCUGGGCGACAUCGACAAGUUCGACAUGGUGACAAAACUGUCUGACCACCAGAUCAUCAUGAAGAAAAGCAAGGAGAGUGCCGCCCUGAGUGGCUGAGCCGCCGGAAAAUGCGUCGGAAAGGCUUCCGAAGCGAGCGGAAAGCCUUUGAAACAAGCGGACUCUUCCCUUGAGCGAACCCCGCUGGGAGCCGCGUUUUCGGGUCUGCCGAUGCUUGAAGAAUUCCUUCAAACCGACUGGCCGUGCAUGUGCUCACAAAGAUGGGCCCUGUGGCGACGGAGAGUUGACGUGGUUGUUGUUGGGAAACAUUUUUCCCAUUUUUUUGCUUGUUGUGGUUUAGUGGUU